AUGGAGUUUAAAGAACAAAUUAUUCAACCAGUACAAUCCAAUACAAAUAAUAAUAACAACAAUAAUAUAUCUGGAAAAAUGGAAUUUCACCCAAGUAAAGAAAUGAAAAAGCUUCAGAGGAAACUGUUUGACACACAUUCACCAACUAGAAUCAGUAUUUGGCGUCCAGCUGUAGAUAUCAAAGAGAAUGAAUCGAGUAUUGUCAUUGUUUUCGAGUUGCCAGGUCUGAGCAAAGACAACGUUUCAAUCGAUGUCUCAAAGGAUGCAUCGACCAUUAUCAUCAGUGGCGAGAAAAAGUACCACAAGAAAGACGACACUGAAAAGUGUCAUCGUAUAGAGUCAUCGUAUGGCAAGUUCAUACGUUCCUAUCGUUUGCCACCUGGAACCGAUCCAGCCAAGAUCAAGGCAACCAUGAACGACGGUGUUUUAGAGAUCAACAUUGCCAAAGAGAAAUUGGAAAAGUUAAAGAUUCCCAUCGUCUCAAAGCUAUAA